GAAAAAAAAGAAGGAUACGGACAUCCUCGUCUGGGUGCAAGAACAUCGUUGUUCCCGCAUAUUUAUACAAACAGGAACAUCUGUAAACCAAACAAACCCCAUUCGUUUCUCUUCUUUCAUAUAUCACCGAAGAACACCAAACCGCAGGGAUUCGAAAACGAUGUCGUCCAAAAACGGCUUUGAGGCUAACCACCAAGAGCAACACCCUGGUGCUGAACACAGUGUUGAUGGGAACUGUGAAGCAGUUACUGAAGUUGGAUGGUAUGUUCUUGGUGAAAAUCAACAAAAUGUUGGCCCUUAUGCUUUUUCUGAGUUGCGUGAGCAUUUCUUAAAUGGGUACCUCUCCGAAAGUACACUUGUAUGGUCUGAAGGGAGAAGCGAAUGGCAGCCAUUGUCCUCAAUCCCUGGGCUGCUGACUGGAAUUUCUCAGCACAGAGCUGAUGAUUCAACUAUAGUGCCUGCCAGUGAUGAUGACGAGUUUGAGAAAUGGCAGAAGGAGGUUAGAGAGGCGGAAGCAGUGGCAGAGGCACAAGCGUUAAAGAAUGAAAUUCAUUCUGGAAAUGUUGGUGUUGACUUGGGGGAAGUUGAUCAUGACAGACCUUCGACACCACCAGAUGGGGAGGAAGAAUUCACUGAUGAUGAUGGGACUACGUACAAGUGGGAUCGUGGUCUUAGAGCUUGGGUUCCUCAGGAUAACACAUCUAGCAGAAGUGAGCUAUAUGGGUUAGAAGAGAUGACCUUUUUAGAAGAAGAGGAAGUCUUUCCAACUUUUAUUGUUUCUGAUGCCCCUGCCAUUGAAGAAGUUAAUGCCACAGUAAAUGAUGUAACAGUAAAUGCUUCUGCCACCUCUGGAAAGGAAGAAGAUAAUGUUACCAGUGAGGUAGUUGAGGCAAAGCAAAAUGGCAAGAGAAAAUUAUCGGACAAGCAAACAGACAAGAAGGAAGCUAAUAAACCUCCUGAUAGUUGGUUUGAAUUGAAAGUGAAUACACAUGUUUAUGUGACUGGGCUGCCUGAUGAUGUUACCAUUGAUGAAGUGGUGGAGGCAUUCUCCAAGUGUGGGAUAAUAAAGGAGGACCCUGAAACGAAAAGACCUCGUGUGAAGCUAUAUUUUGACAAAGAGACAGGAAGGAAAAAGGGAGAUGCACUAGUAACGUAUCUGAAGGAACCAUCUGUUGUUCUGGCUCUCCAAAUUUUGGAUGGAACACCUCUUCGUCCUGGUGGCAAUAUUCCUAUGUCAGUCACUCAGGCUAAGUUUGAGCAGAAAGGUGAUGCAUUUAUUGCCAAACAAGCUGACAGCAAGAAGAAGAAGAAGCUGAAGAAGGUGCAUGACAAAAUGCUUGGCUGGGCUGGCCUUGAUGAUGCAAAGGUUUCAAUUCCAGCUACUGUUGUUCUUCGCUACAUGUUCACCUCUGCUGAAAUGAGGGCUGAUGAAAAUUUACGGUUGGAAUUAGAGGCAGAUGUUAAGGAGGAAUGUGUAAAGCUUGGACCUGUGGACUUGGUCAAGGUUUGCGAGAAUCAUCCACAAGGUGUAGUUUUGGUAAAAUUCCAGGACAGGAGGGAUGCUCAAAAGUGCAUAGAGUUGAUGAAUGGAAGAUGGUUUGGCGGUAGACAGAUACAUGCUAGCGAGGAUGACGGUUUGGUCAACCAUGCUUCGAUCCGGGAUUUAGAUUAUGAUGCCGCACGGUUGGAGGAGUUUGGUGCCGAACUCGAAGCUGAUUAAGCUAAUGAUGAUGUAAAUUACUAAAUAGAUGCUUCUGAUACCAAAUUUUCUUGUAAAAUACUAGGACUUUUGAGGAUCUGUGAUGAUAAUUAUACUUUUAGGUCGCACAUUAGCCGACUACCUCUGUUAAUAUGGUUUACAAUCUAAAAUAGCCAUAUAUAAAGAUUUUUUUAUUUUGAGGAA